AUGUUAGCUUUGUUUUUUGGCUCUUGGGAGAUCGUAGGUGGAGCAAAUUUAAACAUCAACUGCAAACAUGUGGAUACCAUUGUGGACACAGCGAAUAUGGAUGAUGUGGUAACCAUUACGGUCCUUCAAUAUACAGGCGCAUCUUCAAUAAUCAGAACAAAUUUCAGUAGAACCGACAAUGAAGAAGUUUCGUACCCUGGAGAUGCAACACUGCAUGGAAGCACAUACUUUAAAAGUCAUGGAUGUUGA